AAUUUUAGAGAGUUCAAAUUUGCUCAAGCAAUGAUCUUUGCCAUAAAUGAGAUCAACAAAAAUCCCGAAAUGCUGCCCAAUGUUACACUCGGCUACAAGAUAUAUGAUAACUGCGGAGCCAUGGACAUACUGAGAGCUGCACUGGCACUGGUGAGUGGAAUAGAAGGAGAAGUCAGUGAUGACAACUGCACUAGAGGUGAGACAGUGCAAGCCAUCUUGGGACAUUCGGGAUCCAGACCAACUAUUGCAUUUGAACAAGUUGUUGGAAGGUUUCAUAUACCUGUGAUCAGCCAUUUUGCCACCUGUGCUUGUUUGAGCAACAGGAGAGAGUAUCCCACCUUCUUCAGAACAAUUCCCAGUGACUACUACCAGAGCAGAGCCCUGGCAAAGCUGGUCAGGCUAUUCAGUUGGACCUGGAUUGGGGCUAUAGCUGUGGAUAAUGAAUAUGGACGCAAAGGCAUAGCUGCAUUUAUUCAAAAUGCACAAGAUAAUGGAGUCUGCAUUGAGUAUUCUGAAUUCAUUUCAUCGUCAGGUCCACUUGAAAGUCUACAGAGAAUAAUAACGAUUAUUAAGCAUGCCACCUCCAGAGUUAUUGUGGCUUUUAUGUCCCACAGAGAAAUCAAGUUGCUGGCAACUGAGUUGUACAGACAGAACAUCACAGGGCUACAGUGGGUUGGCAGUGAGGCCUGGAUCACAGAUCACUCUCUGACCGACAGUGAGGGACACAGCAUCCUGGAAGGUGCGCUAGGCUUCACUGUCAGCCGAGCUCAGAUCCCAGGGCUGGAGGAGCACCUGAGGCAGCUCCACCCCUCGCAGUUCCCCCACAGUCAGUUUGUCAGAGAUUUCUGGGAGGAUGUGUUUGACUGCUCUCUGAAUGAAACUGCAAACACACAAAGAAAGCCAUGCAGCGGCUUUGAGAGCCUACAAAACAUUGAGUCGACAUUCACUGAUGUGUCCGAGCUGCGAUUCUCUAACAACGUGUACAAGUCAGUUUAUGCAGUGGCUCAUGCUCUUGACAACCUGAUUAAAUGUGAGGAUGGUAAAGGACCUUUUGCUUCUGGGAGCUGCGCUGAUGCCAAACACAUUGAGCCAUGGCAGGUUGUGAAACAUCUCAGCACUGUGAAUUUCACCACUGGGGGAGGGGAGAGAGUUUAUUUCGACAAUAACGGAGACUCGCCUGCAAGAUAUGAACUCAUCAACUUACAACUGACAAACAAAGGAACCAUGGAAGGAGUGACAGUUGGCCUCUAUGAUGCUUCUCUUCCAGAGAGUCAUCAGUUUAUAAUGAACAACAUCCCAGUCAACUGGGGAAAUAAGCUCAGCAAGGUCGUGCCUGUGUCAGUCUGCAGUAGGAGCUGUCUCAGAGGUACUCGUAAGGUCCUCCAAAAAGGAAGGCCAGUCUGCUGUUAUGAUUGCAUCCCCUGUCCAGCUGGAGAGAUCAGUAAUUUAUCAGAUUCAGUAGACUGUAUGAAAUGUCCACUUGAAUAUUGGUCGAACAACGAAAAAGAUGCCUGCAUCCCCAAAGCAAUAGAAUUCCUGGCGUAUGAUGAAAUCCUGGGAACACUGUUAGCCUUGUUUUCAUUACUGGGAGUUUAUUUAACGAUGAUCACGACAAUAGUCUUCUACUGCCACAAAGAAACCCCACUAGUACGUGCCAACAACUCUGAGCUGAGCUUCCUGCUGCUCUUCUCCUUGACUCUGUGUUUCCUGUGCUCUCUGACCUUCAUCGGCCGACCGUCUGAGUGGUCCUGCAUGCUGCGACACACUGCGUUCGGCAUCACCUUUGUCCUCUGCAUCUCAUGUGUUCUGGGGAAAACUAUAGUGGUAUUAAUGGCCUUCAGGGCCACACUUCCAGGCAGAAAUGUGAUGAAAUGGUUUGGGCCUGCGCAGCAGAGACUCAGUGUCUUGGCUUUCACACUUAUACAGGUUUUAACUUGUUUACUGUGGCUGACGAUCAGCCCUCCAUUUCCUUUUAAGAAUCCGCUUCUUUAUGAGGACAGAAUUAUCUUAGAGUGUGAUCUCGGAUCAGCUGUCGGGUUCUGGGCGGUGUUGGGAUACAUAGGACUCUUGGCUCUCCUAUGUUUUUUACUCGCUUUCUUGGCUCGAAAGCUACCCGAUAAUUUCAAUGAAGCCAAACUGAUCACCUUCAGCAUGCUGAUAUUCUGUGCAGUCUGGAUCACAUUUAUCCCAGCAUAUGUCAGCUCCCCUGGGAAGUUCACUGUGGCUGUAGAAAUAUUUGCCAUUCUGGCCUCCAGCUAUGGGCUACUCUUCUGCAUUUUUUUCCCAAAAUGUUUUAUAAUUCUGUUUAGGCCUGAACAAAACACGAGGAAACAUAUAAUGGGAAAGACAUCUAAUUCUGACAUACGUUACUGACCACAGUCACAUCAUUUUUUCAAGUAAUUAUUUUUCCUUUACUGCAGU